ACAGAUUUGGUUGUCAAGGUUUUUCUUUGUCUUAACAUUGAUCAAUAUUUUCAAGUGCACCUUUUUCGAUAUAAAUGUAUUGAAUGAAUGUUUCCAGACUAGAUUCGAUUAUUCAAAGUUAAAACACACAAUUUCAACAUUAUAAUCGAUAAGUGGAAAAAAUGUCUUUAAUUCAUUCAAACAUUGGAAUCGAAUUCAAUCAGAAUCAUAUUCGAAUAAACGGAAAUGGAAAUAAAAUUGAUUUAAUUACUGCUGUCAAUCGUUUAUUUAGAUUAUAUAAUCUUCAUCAUGAUCAUAAUAACAUUCAUCAUCGAACUAAUAAUGGUUAUGAAAAUGUUUUGGCAAUCAUAAUCGUUAUAAAUGGAUUAUAUCUAUUUGUUAUGGCUAUUAUUCCGGAUAAUCAUCAAGAUAUGUUGGCUAUAUUCAUUAAUCCAGGAUCAUUGAUAUUAGGUCCGAAUAAUCACCAUUCAGGCAACAUGUAUUUAGCAUUAUAUCAAGUAUUUUUAUUAAUCAUGUAUACGUUACAUUAUUUCCAUUAUGAUAAUGGUUGGCUUAAUAAAGCUAAUUAUAAACUGAAUCAUGGAUCAGAUUAUCUACAAAUUGAUGAAAAAAUUCAAUUGAAAAUUGAUUCAUUAAAACGAAUUACAUUGAUUGCUGUUGGUAUUAAUAUAUUAUUCUUCAUACUAUAUCCAUUAAUUAUUUAUCCAAAAGAAUCGUUUAAAAUAAAUCAAUAUCCAAUCAUAAGUCAUAUUUAUUUAAUUGUUUUUACCACCAAAGUUACCUUUUAUUCAUCGGCAUUUUUAAAUGAAUCAUUUUUAUUGAUCGAAAUUUGUAUGGAAUUUCUACGACAAUGUCGAAAACAUUUAGCCAUUAUGAAUGGUCAAUUGAACAGACAUGGACGAAUCAUCUCAUUAUUUAGAUUGAAUGGCAAAAAAGUAAUGAAUGAAUUGAAAAAUAUUUCCAAUUUAAUAAUGUUGAUUCAAGAUAUUGAAAUCUAUUUAAAACGUUGUUAUUUAAUUGUUAUAUUCUCAAUCAUUUGUUUGACUAUUCCAUCAUAUUAUGGUGCAUUCUAUUCAAAUUUUAGUCCAAUUAUUCGAUUUAUAUCAUCCAUUUGUUGUGGUAUUUAUUUCUGCAUUGUAGUAAUCUAUUCAUCGAAAUUUACUUCAAUUGAUUUUUAUGCAAAAAAUUUGGCAAAUUUUCUAUAUAAAAAUCUAUUGAUAGACAGAAUAAUGGAAACAAGAAUGAAUUUUACGUUUUUAUUUGAGACAUCAAAAUUAUUGAAUAGCUUAGAGAACGGUGCAUUGGCGGUAAAAGUCAUGGAUACUGCGAUUAAUUUAAACGUCAUAAUAACGAUGAUGACCAUGGUAAUGACCAUUAUUGGAUUGGCUGUAAAAAAUCUUUUUGUCAAAGCCUAUUAAGAUUAUCGAUAAUCGAUACUAUGGAAUUCGAUAAACUGGAUAAUGAUGAUGAAUAGUGAUCAAUUAUAUUUACGAAGUAUAAGUGUUGAAAUGGUGAAAAAUAUUGUU